AUGAACACAAAAGACGUGGUAAACUGUAUCAAAAAGGCCUUGGGUCAGACUAACGUCGGAAUUCGAACAGCCGGUAUCAACCUAGCUAUUACACUACAACUAUUCAUGGGUGUCGAUAAUUUACGCCUUCUUUUGGCUGAUGAGAAGCCAUCUCAACUAGCUAUCAUUGAUUCAGAAUUUUCCCGCCUUGAAAGCAAAACUGCUCCAGUCCCUAUUCGAAACACAGCGCUGAAGAGGCUUCAGCUUCGGACGCAAGAGAUAAACUCCAUAAAAAAAUAUUCCUGCAUAGCCAAUAGCGAGGCGGUCAAGCAAGAAGAAAGCCGUGAAACCUCUGCUGAAGUGGCCGUAAAUCCUGAAGACUUGAUUACAAGAACAGAUAUCUGGUAG